AUGGGCAGCGUGUCCUCAUCCGACCAGAGAGGCAAUCGCAUGACCCUUUUUAUUCUUGACGAAGGAAGCUCCUCAAUAUCAUCAGAAAACACUAAUACCACGCAAACUAAAAGCAUAAACCCUAGUCCUGUGUCCUCUGUUUCGUCAGGGAUGAUGUCGGAACCACAUGGAAAGUUCGGGUUUUCAUAUCCGAUCAAGCACUGGGGCAGGUGUCAUAGUAUAGAAAAUGAAACGAGAUUCAACUUCGUGUCUCCGGAAUUCUUGACCCCUAAAACCGCUUUUUCGCAUCUAGCUGAUUUGGACAUUCCCAAAGAAAUUUCCAAUUACACGUUCUAUAGUGAAUUCUUGCUCAAACUUCAGUUCCACACAAUGAACACAUUGCCUUUUAGGAUCUGUGAGGAUUCAAUCAACAGAGACAUGUUGAUAUCGGCAUUCAAAUCUUCGCCGCUUUACGAUUUUUGCUGGCAUUCGUUCAUGGCCGCCAGCUGCCUUGAUCUUUACUUUCAGCAAGUCAUGUAUGGUCAUGAUGAUGUUUUGAAUCUCAACAAAAUGACUUACCUGAAACUUGGAGAUUACCAUUUCAGCAAGUCCAUGUAUUCCAUGAGUGAGGAAGUGAAAGUGCAAGAGGACAUAAAAAAAAGCGUGGCACUUAUGAUCACUACAAUGCUGCACAUAUUCUAUGCCACUGCCAGUCCAAAUCAGGAGGUCUGCUCACGAGGCUAUUUUGGACUAGGACGGAACUUGGGGCUCCUUUUCACAGACUACGUGCUACUUUAUAGAAAUGAUCCAUUAUUCAACGACGCAUGUGCACGCUACUGCAUCAAUUCAUGGUCACAAGAUGCAAGUUACUACUUCCCGGAGUUCCUUUAUGACCUUGUCCACGUGGAUUACCCGACGACUAAUGAAGCAAACAAAGAAAGAGUACGGCCUUUGGAUCAAGAAUCGCAGGCUCUAAUGAUUGCAAUGGUCGAUAGGCUGAAGAAGGAAUACAGAGCUCAUGCGAACCUUUCUUCGCCUGCACAACCAAAUAAUACACCACGACAUAUUCCGAUUGAAUCCGUCGCUACUGGCGCGCCAUCCAACUCAGCUCUUGCUACUGACAAAAAGGUUGCAAGAAGUUUCAAACCUUCAUAUGAGCUGGAGUAUGACAUGUAUGGUACUCUCUCGCGUUACACAGUGGAAGUCCCUGAACGGUAUAUCGAUCUUCUUGACGAAGGAGAUCCUCGCGCUUUGAUAAUCACUGCUUAUAACAUCAUUGCCUUGGCUACAAAAAGAUACAAAUAUUGGCCUGUUUCAGUUUUCAAGAAGGAGAUUGCUACUAUCGAGGGGAAGCUAGGCAAACUACAGAACAGCACGUUGUGGAAGAGUUGGCUCUUCGUUGCAAAGCAGACGCUUGACGGUUUAGAGUCGUUGUAA